AUGCCUAAGCAAAAGAGAUAUUCGACGACGGGGGGCCUGCGACGCGAAGAUUCAGACGAUGAACUCGGAGAUGAAGAUCACCCCUGGCAAUGGAUUUAUGAAGACGACGGCCACAGCGCACCUCCAGAUGAUGAGUCAACACCCUCGAAGAAGCGGAAAGCGAACGUCCUCAACUCAAAAAAGACUCCCAUAGAGGGUGCGCGCAUGGGUACCUUCAUGGUGCGAAUAGGGGACCCGGUGUUGCUGAAAUCUCCCGAGCAAGGCAAAGAUUGGGUGGGACUGGCCUGCUCAUUCUCUGAUACCAACGAAGACGGCGAAGACGAAAUGUGUGUCUGCAUUCAGUGGUUCUGUACGCCUGAGGAGCUGAUGUUCGGGAAACGCUCCAAAAUCCCCAACGAUGUGUUGCCGAAUGAAUCCUACAUCACGGCAGACUUCAACAUGAACCCCUUGACCGCCAUAAAUGGAAAGGCAACGGUGCUGUCGAAGGAGGCUUUCUUCCAGAAAUUUCCUGGCGGGGAGCCUCCACAGUCUAAGGGGGCCGCUGAUAGAUAUGCGAAGACCAUUCUGUGUCGGCGGGGGGUCAAGCAGAGAACACUGCGAUUCACCGAGGAUUUCGUGUGGGAACAGAUUUAUAGGGGUCCCGAAGACCUCUUGGACUUGAUUGAUUGGAUCAAAGAGCAGACAAAGGGUCGGAAGAAGCAGACCCUGAAAACCGAGGACGUGGACUAUGUCCAGCAGAAAGAGACAAUAGAUGAUGAGCCCCGAACGCCGCACAAAAAGAGGAAGACGACCGCAACAAUUUCCACUCCAAAGUCUUCGACAAAGACCUCCAAGUACAGCACGCCGACUCACAAACGAAUCAUGAUCAAGAAGCCCAUUGAGAUCACACCCCUAGGCACUCGUGUCCUGUCUCCUUCUCAGUAUAUGUCGACACCCUACUCCCAUGCCCGUGCAACACUUCAUGUCUCUGCCGUCCCAACGUCUCUCCCUUGCCGCUCCAAUGAAUUUCACACUGUCUAUUCUCAUCUCUACUCCGCCAUUGUGGAUGGCUCCGGAGCAUGCAUUUACAUCUCUGGGACACCAGGUACGGGAAAGACUGCCACGGUACGGGAAGUAGUCGCCUCACUCCACGAGGCAGUGCUCAAUGAAGAGCUCGAUGACUUCAACUUUGUCGAAAUCAACGGCAUGAAGGUCACAGAGCCGCAUCAAUCAUACUCACUUCUGUGGGAAGCGCUGAAGGGUGACCGGGUCAGUCCGCAUCAUGCGCUGAGCCUUCUGGAGCAAGAAUUCUCCCACCCCUCGCCGCGCCGCAUACCGUGCGUCGUGUUGAUGGACGAGCUCGAUCAGCUUGUGACGAAGAAUCAAAGUGUCAUGUACAACUUCUUCAAUUGGCCAGCCAUGCGACAUUCACGACUCAUCGUUCUAGCGGUUGCCAACACCAUGGACUUGCCCGAGCGGACGCUGUCAAACAAGAUUAGCUCGCGACUGGGACUGACCAGGAUCACGUUCCCGGGCUACACGCAUACACAGCUGAUGGAGAUCAUAUCCUCGAGGUUAGAAGGUGUUCCGGGCAACAUCGUCGACAAAGACGCCGUACAAUUUGCAAGCCGGAAAGUCGCAGCUGUGUCCGGCGAUGCCAGACGGGCUCUCGAUAUCUGCCGCCGUGCUGUGGAAAUCGCCGAACAGUCUCAAGAAAAGCUGCUAGCAGCGUCUACGGAUAUCAACGAUGAAGACGACGUCACAGCAACCACCCCGAGUCGCAGAGGCAACAAUCUCUCGAAGGACAAGGUCAGUGGCUGUGGACAGGAAGAACGGCCUCCCAAACGAAUGGCAAGGGUGACGAUCGCAACAAUCAAACAAGCCAUCAACGAAGCGACGUCGUCUCCGGUCGCGCAGCACCUGCGCUCCCUCCCGCUUGCGUCGAAGCUCCUGCUCGCGGCGAUCUCUGCACGCAGUCGUCGCACAGGUGUCGCCGAGUCCACGAUGGGAGACAUUGCCGUCGAGGCGAAGCGCAUCGUGGACGUCGCUGACAACAGCGCAAUCCACGACUUCCUGCGUGCGGACGACGACGCAUCUAGAAAAGCCACUUCCAUUUCCACUUCCGUCAUGCCCCGGAUCAUGGCGUUAGGAGGGGCGGCGAUGGCUCUGGUGGAGGCCGGCGUCAUCGCCAUGGAAUUGAGAGGGAAGGGCGAGAGGGCAGGAAAAGUCAGAUUGCGAGUAGGAGAGGAAGAAGUCAAGAGCGCCUUGAUAGGCGAUCCUGAAGUCAAGGGACUGGGAUUUUGA